CCUUUCCGGCCCUCAAAAGGGAGAAGUCCGCUUCCGCCACACUCUGGCCACACUCCGGGCGCGGGGCUCGGGCGGCUUCCUCGGGAGGCCGUCCAGCGAAGGAGCGGGGGGGUCCUCCGGCCUUCCGCCUCUGGAGGCGGGGCGGGGCCCGGGGACGGGACGGGGCCGGGGCCUCCCCCGGGAGGGCUCCUCUUCCGGCCCUUUCGGCUGCCUCGUUGGCGCCCUCGAGCCUCCUCGCUGGCUUUUCUCUCUCUCUCGCUCGCGCUCCUCCAAGGCAGGCGCCGGCUGGAAGAACAUGGAGCUGGAGAGGCUCAGCCUGGAGGGAGCGCCCGAGCCCCUGGUCGGGGAAGAGAGGAGGAGAAGGGAAGAAGAGGGCCGGGCCGGAGGGCCUUGUCCCGGCUGCAGCUGCGAGAACCUUCACCAGACCGUCUCCAAGUGGCUGCUGCCCGAACGGGCCAGGGCCACCUACCUGGAAAGGGCCACCUGCCUGCCGCCGCCCCUCUUCAUCCUCGCCGUCAGCGCAGCCGAGCUGUCUGUGUUCAUCUAUUAUGCGGUUUGGAAGCCUCAAACACAGUGGAUCACGCUGGACACUGGCAUCUGGGAAAGCCCAUUUAUUUACAGGCCUGACAAGAGGAGGGAAGCCUGGAGGUUCCUGUCCUACAUGCUUGUGCAUGCUGGCAUUGAACAUAUCAUAGGAAACCUUGUCCUGCAGCUUGUCUUGGGGAUUCCUCUCGAACUGGUGCACAAAGGACACAGAGUUGGACUGGUGUACCUGGCUGGUGUGGUUGGAGGUUCCUUGGCCAGCUCGAUCUGUGAUCCUCUCCAGGGCCUGGUAGGAGCUUCUGGAGGUGUCUAUGCUCUGAUUGGUGGAUACUUCAUGAACAUCCUUGUGAACUUCCAGGAAAUGAUUCCAUUGUUUGGAGCUAUCAGAUUGUUGCUCAUCUUCUUUAUAGUUGGUACAGAUGUAGGAUUUGCUUUGUACAGACGAUUUCUGUCACCUGUGGCCGGGGUGCAGGUUUCCUUUGUGGCCCACAUUGCCGGCGGCCUUGCUGGGAUGUCAGUAGGUUAUGUAAUAUUCAGCUCUUUCGAUAAGAAUUUCAUUAAGGAUCCUAGAUUUUGGAUCUGCAUAGUGGCUUAUUUACUCUUUGUGGGAUUUGCUGUAUUCUUCAAUGUAUUCUUCUCACCAGCAAACCAGUAGUUCUUGUUCUCUUACACAGAAACAACGAAAAAAAUACAAGAAGCAUGUAUUUUUAAAGGUAUAGAUUGCAUACAGAGCUUGGUUUUUAUAAAGUCUUCAUAAAGUUGAUUUUGGCUAAGAUCUAUUGUAGCAUGAAAUCUGAGAAAAUGUUGCAUUAUUUGAAAUGGAAAAUAUAGCUUUCAUACCUUUUACACUUUAAUAUAAAAUAAGAGUUUCUCAGUUGCAGAGUUUGUUAAUUUUUUCCAGUCUCUGGAUGAUGACAGGGCGUGUGCUGCCUUCUUUCAUACUUGGUUUCACGUGGGCUCCCAUUGCUUGGCUUUGAGCCUAGUUCAGCCUAGUGCCAGGCAAAACACAAAUGGUAAGUUCAGUAACAGUAUGGCUUUUCUACAGUGUAUCAAAAAUUGAACUGUUGCAGGUUUCAAGAAAAUAACAAACACCACCAAACCACGGUUCCUAAGUCCAAAAAUAAAAGAAACAUAGAACCAAAUAACACACAAAAACCCUGGAUGAAUAAGGCACCAUGGAAACCUUGUGCUUGCUAACAAAAGGGCAACCUUGUGUGGCACUACUACGCAGCAUCAUGUUGAUCAUUUGGGGAGAGCCUUGUAAGCAACUCCAGUUAGAAAGGAGAUGUCAACAUGUUUUGUUUGGAAUAAAGCUACACUAUUCAAACAUUGUUAGCAACAUUUUUCUAAUGUUGCCCUCUCAGUCAAGUCUUUCCAUUGCAUUCAAAUAAAAUUUUUAAAGUAGUGAACAAAAUUUUCCAGCAGUUUUCCCUAGAUAACCAAUUCUGUUCCCAUGUGGGUAGCAGAAGAGAGUUGUGAAAUAUGUAGGAUUUUGCGCACAGGGCCACUGCUGGUGUCUACAAUAAAAAUGCCAACUGUUGAAUCCCUUUGGAUCACCAGAAAAGCUCCUACAAAGUGUAUAAGUGCUUGAAAUGAAUAUAUUAAUAAAUUCAAGAAAUAUAGGGUGUCUCCAUACAUGUGUUUAUAUUGGUGUGGAUACCCUUCCAUUUAAAUAUGUUUGUUCAUUUUUUUUCAGUGCAGUCUUCUCCCUCGAGAGCGAGCCAGGAUGCAUGGCUGUGCUCUGUACCUUAACUUCACAGACUGCAAUUUUCUAAGUCCUAGGAUCAGUACCAUAACUACUGUAUGCACACUAGCUUAACUUAACCAUGAACACUUUCAGUUUAUAUUAAAAUUCUAUUCUAAACUAGGAAAACAAAUAGCUGAGAGACUGGUGGAAAAGAAGACACUAAAACAUGGAUGAUAUUGCUUGGGACAGAAUGGCAGUUAACUGUGUAAUUGGGUAUCACCAAUGGAUUAGUGGUCAGAGCCAGAAAAUGUGCUUUUUCCUGGUGCUCGAAGCUCCAAUGACAUGGCUGCCUAAUUGUCCUCUGCAAGAUAUUACUAGUCUUUUCUACUUUAAAGGCACGUGUUGGGACAGUGGGCUGGCAGUGAUGGUAUUACAGACAACCAGGUUCUUUGCUGGUAACUGGUAACUAGCUUGUUGCUUCCAUAGAUUGUCACUGCUCGUCCAACAAUUUCUCUGGACUGCUGACCGAAAUGAAAAAAAAGCAAACACAUCCACUGGUUUAAGUAACUUCAUUGUUUUCUUCCGGAUUCCUUAUGAGCCUGAAUGGGAAGGCCAUAAAGUCUCUGUAUGGAGGAGCCAGGGAAAGCAACCUGCCCUUCCUUUUUAUCUGAGUCCAACUGGCCGGUCUGUGACAUUUUUUUAUUUAUUCGAUUUGUAUCCCACUCCCAGGAGUAUCACAGCACUUUCCUGGGUGGGUUACAACACGUAUAAUAGAAAAUACA